AUGACGUCCGUCCAAAUCCCACCCUUCACAACCACACCAGUCGAGCAGAUCCCGUCAAUCGUCUCCCGACUUCGAAGCACAUUCUUCUCGCAAAAGACUCGCCCUGCCGAGUUCCGGAUCAAGCAGCUGCGCAAGCUUUAUUGGGCCAUCGCCGACCACGAGAAAGAGCUCUUAGAGGCACUAUCACGCGAUCUGGGCAAAGGCUCUUUCGAGGCCUAUACUGGAGAGAUCAACUGGACUCAAAAUGAUAUCGUAUUCACGACUCAGAACCUGGAGAAAUGGAUGAAGGAUGAAAAACCGGCCGACAUUGCCCUUUCGAAUCGACUGGUCAACCCUAAAAUCCGCAAGGAUCCCUUGGGUGUGGUCCUUGUGAUCGGUGCUUUUAACUUCCCCGUAAAUUUGUCCUUUGGCCCCAUGAUUGGAGCCAUUGCGGCGGGCAAUACUGUUGUGUUGAAGCCUUCCGAGCAGUCACCCAACAGCGCCGCUGUCAUGCAAAAAAUCAUCGAAACAGCCCUUGAUCCCGACUGCUAUGCUUGUGUCCAAGGGGCUAUCCCUGAAACUUCAGCCUUGCUGGAGCAGAAGUGGGACAAGAUAUUCUUUACCGGUUCUGCCCGCACGGCCAAGAUCAUCGCCCAGGCAGCAGCGAAGAAUCUGACUCCGGUCGCUCUAGAACUGGGUGGACGGAAUCCUGCAAUUGUGACCAAGAAGGCAGACAUGCGCUUGGUAGCGCGACGGCUACUAUGGUCCAAGACCAUGAAUGCAGGCCAGAUCUGUAUCAGCCAAAACUGCAUUCUUGCCGACAGGGAAGUCGUCCCGACUCUGAUAGCAGAACUGAAAGCGGCUCUCAAAGAGUUCUUCCCAGAAGGGGCGAAGAAGAGUGCCGACUACUCCAGGAUCGUCAACCUCACUGCAUUCAAUCGAAUCAAGAAGAUGCUGGACAAUACAUCGGGUAGAAUCGUCAUUGGCGGAACUAUGGAUGCUGACCAGCUCUUCAUCGAGCCGACUGUCAUCGAAGUCACCGACCCUAAGGACUCGCUGCUGGUUGAAGAGUCUUUCGGACCCCUGAUCCCCAUUUUGCCCGUUGACAACCUGGAUCAAGCUAUCAGUAUUGCCAAUGAACUCCAUGAAACACCACUGGGCGUAUAUGCCUUUGGAUCUAAGGCCGAGACUGAUAAGAUCCUCACAGGCACGCGCUCAGGUGGUGCCAGCAUCAACGAUGGCUUCUUCCAUGGUAUCAUACCCAACUUGCCUUUUGGUGGUGUGGGCGACUCGGGAACAGGGGCGUACCGCGGCAAAGCUUCAUUCGACUGCUUUACGCACCAUAGAUCAGUCACCUAUACGCCGAACUGGAUGGAGAGUUUGCUGGCCGUGAGAUACCCCCCAUUUGCGGGGACCGGCAAGCUGGCACAGUUCAACAAAAUGGGACUCCUCAAGCCUGACUUUGACCGAAAGGGUAAUCGGAAAAUAGGAGCCGUAUGGUACUUGCUCACACUGGGAGCGGGGAGUGUAUCCGGUGGUGCAUUUCGGGCAGCUUUGAUAGCGGGCAUUUGCAUCGCCCUGAAAGCCUUUAUGGAUGGGAAAGUCUUGACAGCCAGCAAAUGA